AUGUUACGUCUACUGAGAGACAAAAGAUGGAUCUGCACAACGUUUUUCCCAUUCAGUUCUUCAACCGAUGACGAUUCCAAUGAUAAAUUCAAAAUAACGAAUGUUUGGAAUUACUGGAAAUCGUUUACUUCUUUGACCAAUUACAACAUAUCCAAAGUGGAAAACUUUUGGAGCAAAUAUGAGAAAUAUUUUUAUGACGAGAGGGGCUACCCAACUAAAGAGGUACAAUCAGUUGCCAGUGCAACAUUUGUAGGUUUUCUGACAGGAUUUGCUUUAGGUGGAAUAUACAACAUCAAAGAUGUGCCUCAGAAACACAAAGAUGAGAAUCAAGUUACACUGUAUAAAAACAAAUUUGUCAUGCAGAGAGAAUUACAAAGAAGAGUUGAAUUUGCUACAAUUAAAGGAGGUUUUCCAUUUGGCAUAAAAGUUGGGCUUUUUUGCUUCUUUUUCUCGAGCAUAUCUGUAUUCUUGUACGUGUAUAGAAAUUAUAAAUUCGACAUACUAAAUCCUAUGAUUGGUGGUGCUGUAACAGGUUUCUUAUUCAAAAUGAAUAUGGGUAUAAAAGGAUCAAUUUCAGGCACUGUAAUAGGUACAAUAUUGGGUACUAUUUAUGGCUGUAUCACACAAUUUCUUUUAUUUAUAACCGGAACUCAGAUAGGUGAUACUUAUAAAGUAAUGGCCGAUAUAAUGAAUAUGAGACGAGAUGCAAUAAAAGAAAAUGUAAAGAAGAUGAACUCGGAAGAAAAAUCGCAAAUGCAAAUAGUGUAUGAGAAGAACUACAAAAUGAGAGAAAUGAUUGAAAGUGAAAAGUAAGAAUUUAAAAAAUAAAAAUUUAAUAAAAAAUCAAUAUUUCUUAUCUAUUACUCUUUCUUCUGUAAAUAUUAUCCAAUUAUUACAGAAAAUAUUAUUUAAUGAUAUUUAUAUUCAAUAAAUACAAGAAAAAUAUAAAGAAUAUAUUCGUAUCGUCCUUAAUUUUAAAUUAACAAAAGAGAAAGAGCAAACUUUACAAUCACACGUCGCAUGUAAUUCAUCUAAUAAUUUAUCUAUAAUAUUCAACUUGAAUUAAUAAAAAUACAAUUGUCAUUAAGAACAAUUCUUAUUUACAUGCUAACGAUAUUCUGUGUAUUAAAUUAUAAAUGAAUAUAAUGUAAAUAUAGAUUUGAAAUCAUAGUUACAGAAUAGGCCUGAUAUUUAAAAAUAAAGAAAAUUUAGUUAUUUUCUUCUAAGAUUCAAACUAUGUUUAUAUAAAUAGUUCUUAAAUUAUGAAACAAACAAUACUCUUUAAUUAAAAAAAAGUAAAAUAAAGCGAAACAUUCAUCUUUUAAUACAAUAUGUUUAGGCGACUGAUGAGCAUACUAUAUAUUUUCAUAGUUUAACUCAUAGUUUAACUCAAUAAAUUUGAAAAAUAUUUCUUUAAAUUUCUUGUUCUGAGGUUCCUAAAUCUUGAACCUUGGUUAAACGUUUUGCCCCUCUGCCUGGUGGACCCUUAGGUUUCGCAAAUUUUGGUUGAUGCAAACUGAUUUUUGGAUGUAAUUCCUCUUGUAAAAAUCCUUCAGUUAGUUCUCUUCCAUCAUCUAUUUCAAGCUAUACAAUCAACAUAUUUUAAAGGAGAAUUAUUACAUUGCAUUAAAAACUGGAAACAUUAUUCAUUUUAUGAAAAAGAAACGGUAAGAAAAAAAAAAUGAAAAUCUAACUUGAUAGGCCUAUUCUGUAAGCUGAAUGUUUUAAACAUAUUGUAAAAUCUUAAUCAUAAUUACAUACCCAUCCAAUGAUUGAUUCACGUGCGCUUCCUAGAAACCUAUUAAAUUCUGUGUAAAUAAAUUAUAAUAGAGAAGUAUUUCACAUUACUAUAUCAACAAAUUAAAACAACAAAUUGUAAGAUUAAACUGCAUACUGCUUUAUUACUUAGCAUGUUUAGUAUUGGCAAGAUACACAAUUUACUUGAUCAUAAUGAACCUACAAUUAUGCACUAACAAGUUGGAAACGAAAAUAUAUUAAAAACUUACAGAAUAGGCCUGGUACAAUAUAUUAUAAAUUGGAAUACUCCCAGGCUAUAGUGUGCAUUAUGUUUAAAUUUUUGAGCACUUUACAAAAAACUUUCCUUUCUUUUUUCUUCAAAAUAGAUACAUGUGCCAAAUUCUAUUUGUUCUUCAACACAUAAAGAUGAGAAAAUAUUGAUAAAAAAAUUUAAGAUGGAGAGAAUUAAUUAUUUUAAAACAAAGCUUAUAAAUAAUGAGUAUAUUAUAUAAAGAACUUUAAAUAUUUGUAAAACAUCAGAUGCUUUAAAUAUAACUUUCAUAUCAAUACAAAUGCAUCAUAAAAUAUAUUCAGAAUCAAAAGAGCAACAAUUUUUUAAUGUAUCCAAACAGAUUCCAAGAAUUUGACACACUUUUUUGUCAUCAUCUUCAUUAAAUUAGGCCAAACUCUUUCAAUAAGUUAUUCAUUUAUGUUUUGGACGAAAAUUUUUAAAAAGUUUAUAAAAAGCUACAAGUUAAAAAAAUACACAUCACAAAAAAUAGAAUGCCUCUCGAAUAUCUUGUUUGCUGGCUAUUAGAUUAUAGUCCCAUUUGCUAUACAUCUCGUAUUAGAAAUGUUUUUUAUAGGAAAUCUAAAAAUAUUUUUUAAAAAAUAAUAGUAACUUAUCACAAUUAUUCUCUAAUUGAUUUAAAUUAUUAAAUAUGAAAAUAAGAAUCUAAUGUAUAUAUUUUCUUGUUUGAAAUGUAUCUUAUCACAUUUUGCAUCUUUUAAUGAAAAUUAAAAUGAUAAAAAAUUAAGAAAAUAACUGCGUAGUAUAUAGAAUGUGUGUACGUAUGUGUGUAUGGAUAAGUGCAUAUGUGUAUGUGAGUGUUAAAAUAUUUCUACCUAUAUUAAUUUAAACGCUGCAAAACAAUUUUUUUCCGAUUGUACAACUAAUGGGACAUACCAAGAUCAGUCUUUAUAUAAUAUAUAUUUGUGGAAUCUAAUGUUUUGUAUCAUUUACAAUAGUAUAGAACAUGAUAUAUAUAAUAUAUAUGUAUAUACAUAUAUACACAUAUAUAUACAUGUAUAUACAUAUAUAAUUUAAUGUGUAUAUAAAGUAACUAGUAUUAUCACUAGCUUAUGUCCGAAAAUGAUGAUCAUGUGCAAAGAAAAUAUAUCCACAAGUUAAUGUGGUAAUUCGCACGUUUAUCACUCAUAUGCUAUAUCUUUUUAUUUAUAUUUCACAGAGAAGUUAGGUGAGUGGCAUCAGCUAACUAGAGCACAUGGAAUUUUCCCUAACUCUCUAAUAAUCACAUAAGGUAUGCAGGUUUUACCACAGAUAUUUUUUUGAAACACUCUACAACUAUUUAUCACUAACUCCUAUAUGAGUGUUCAAAUGAAUUUGAAAGUCAAGCCUUCGAGUUUCGCUUAAUAAAAUUAUUAAUAUAUGAAAAAUGAGUACUUAAUAAUAUAAUAUAUAUAUAAAUAUAUAUAUGCAUAUAUCACUUUUCAUUGGACUAGGAACUAAUUCACGCAGUCAACUCACUGGACUUAUUUUUCACAUCUGACAUAAUAAACAUUAAAAAUAACAAGUAAAUUAAAGGAACUAUGUAGAGAAAAAAAUAUCUUUAUCAGAAAUUUUUCAUCAGACAUUGGAACAUAAUUAAAAAAGUGCAAAAUCUAAUAGAAGGCUUCACUUUCAAUGUCAAGUAAUUAAAUCUCAUCUCAUGAUUUUUCUCUUUUUUUUCCCCCCCUUUUCUCACAUUUUCUGUAUGAAUGAACAAUUAUCCAUUACAUUAUAGUAUUGGAUCAACAAGAACUGCAUCUUAUGAAAAUUCUAUGCAUGUGAGUUUCCCAUAGUUAUCAAAAAGAUAUUUUGUUAAGAUCUUAACAUGAAAAUUUUGCUCUUUAAAAUUUAGAAAAAUACAUUGUUUGGUCUACUCUGA